UGGCUAGCGCGGGCACAGCCUCCCGCUUGGAUUGGCUGCGGCGCGUGGUGGCCCUCGGCGGUCACGCCCUCCCCCUUCGUCGCCGCGGCAGUCGGCGUAGGCUGCGCCAAGGGAAGGAGACGCUGCCCUUCCGAAGCCAUGGAACGCGGCGGGGAAGAAAAUUCCCGGCUGGAGACUGCCCCUGCAGUCCUGAGACACAUGUUGAAACAAAGUUGGAUUUCCUUGUGAGCUCUGAAUGGUUCCCUAAGUGUCCUUCCCACACGCUGACUCCUGCGGGUACUCGCAGCCUCAUUCAGAAAUGGCCUUUCAAAGAACCGAGGGAAUGUCUAUCAUCCAAGCCUUGGCAAUGACUGUGGCAGAGAUCCCGGUGUUCGUUUACACAACGUUUGGGCAGUCUGUCUUCUCUCAGCUGCGGCUCUCCCCUGGCCUGCGGAAGGUGCUGUUUGCCACAGCUCUUGGAACAGUUGCCUUGGCUCUUGCUGCACAUCAGCUGAAGCGGCGUCGACGUCGAAAGAAACAGAUAGCUCCAGAGAAGUGUGGUCUCAAGCCUGGAGGAGUCCCUGUUCCUGUCCUGUCAACCAGGAAAGUCCCAUCAGUGAAAAAAGGAUAUUCCAGCAGGAGAGUACAAAGUCCAAGCAGCAAGAGCAAUGACACGCUUAGCGGGAUUUCCUCCAUUGAGCCCAGCAAACGCUCUGGUUCCUCCCACAGCCUUGCCUCGAUAGUGGCUGUGAACUCUUCCAGCCCAACACCAGCAGCUGCAGGGCUCUGGGAGACAGGAGCAAUGGAGGAUCCUGGAGCUGCUGGAGACUCUAGUGCUGAAAGCCUCUAUAUUCAAGGGAUGGAGCUGUUCGAGGAGGCUCUGCAGAAGUGGGAGCAGGCAUUGACUGUACGGCAGAGAGACAGCAGCAGCACUUCACUCCCCUGGGAGAACAAGAAACACCAAGAGUCAAUGUCAGAGGAGUUGUCAGAGCAGGAGUCUCCAAAAAAGGAGUUUGCUGAAAAGCUUGAAUCCCUCUUGCACCGGGCAUAUCACCUCCAGGAAGAAUUUGGGUCUACACUUCCCUCUGACAGCAUGCUGCUAGACCUGGAGAGGACCCUUAUGCUUCCAUUGACAGACGGGUCACUGAGACUUCGGACAGAUGGUGAAGACAGUUCGACUUCCGAGGACUCCUUCUUCUCUGCAGCAGAGCUCUUUGACUCCCUCCAAAUUGGGGAAAUACCCUUCCAGCUCUCCAAGCCAGCAGCUGCAUAUGAAGAAGCUGUUCAUUUGGUGAAAGAAGGGAAAGUUCAUUGCAGAACACUAAGGACGGAGCUUUUAGGCUGCUACAGUGAUCAGGAUUUCCUGGCAAAGCUGCACUGUAUCAGGCAGGCCUUCCAGGAACUCCUGAAGGAUGAGAGCAACCAGUUGUUCUUUGGGGAGGUUGGAAAACAGAUGGUGAGAGGACUAAUGAUAAAGGCUGAGAAGAACCCCAAGGCCUUUCUGGAAAGCUAUGAGGAGAUGCUGUGUUAUGCACUGAAGCAAGACACCUGGCCAACGACUCAGCAGGAGCUUGAAGGAAGAGGGGUGGUGUGCAUGAGUUUCUUUGAUAUUGUGCUGGAUUUCAUUCUCAUGGAUGCUUUUGAGGACCUGGAAAACCCUCCCUCCUCUGUGCUAGCUGUCCUACGCAACCGCUGGCUCUCUGAUAGCUUCAAGGAGACGGCCCUAGCAACUGCCUGCUGGUCUGUUCUGAAAGCAAAGAGGAGGCUUCUGAUGGUACCAGAUGGCUUUAUCUCCCAUUUCUACUCCGUAUCGGAGCAUGUCAGUCCUGUUCUAGCCUUUGGUUUUUUGGGGCCCAAACAGCAACUGUCUGAGGUCUGUGGUUUUUUCAAGCACCAGAUUGUGCAGUAUUUGAAGGACAUGUUUGACCUGGACAACGUGAGAUACACCACAGUGCAGUUGCUGGCAGAAGACAUUCUGCAGCUCUCUCGGCGGCGCAGUGAAAUCCUUCUGGGAUAUUUGGGUACCGAGAUCACCCUAGAGAUGAAUGGGACACUGCCCAGUGAAAAUGGAUCUCUGGAGGAGCUCCACUAAUAUCCACCAAUCGGUUAUAGGAGAGAGUGAUCUCUGGAUUUUUUUCCCCAAGAGGUGGCUAACCUAUCUGGCAUGGUAACUGGUGUCAGCAAGACUUUUGUUACCCAGCAUCCCUGGUGGCAUUUAAUUGCUCAUCUUGAACUUUGUGUAACCAGUAGUUGGCUGGGAGAGCUCCAGGACCACGUGCAGGCUUAUGGUUUGAACCUCUUGUUUGUUCCACCUCUCCUCCUUAUUUUUAAGUCAUUUUUAGGUGUCAUAAGUCAUGAAAUAUCUUGGCCCAAGAUUUCCACCUCCUGCCUCCCCUGCAGCAUACAGGCACCUGUCUGCUAUUCAACUGUGUCAACUGGGAACAUGUCCCUGAUGCUUAUGGGGGUUGGGGGGAGUAUCAGCAAAUUCUCUACUUCACUCUUACCAUAUCAAUCCUGAGUUUGUGGGGUUUUUUAUUAUUUCUCUAACAUGUCUCUAUGGGCACCACUACUGAUUUUAACUUAGCAAUUUUAGUGUUUGCAAUGCUAUUAGCAGUUGUGGAGGAGAGGAAGAAGAAUAAUUUUCUGGCGAGGAGGAAGACCUGGUUUUGUAAUGCACUGAAGACUAGAGAAUGGAAGUAAAAUGCAGGGUUUUUUGUAACAAGACUGAAGCUGUAAGGAGUCUGUUUUUGUGUGUUGCUGAUUUUGUUGGCUAGAAAGUGGCCCAUGCUUCUGCUGCAGCUAUGCUUUCACUUGGGAGUUUACUGAGAUGCCAUUGCACAUUGUGAAUAGAGGAGGAAGCAGGUAGGUUGUAUUCUGCCUACUUGCAUGUACACGUACUUCCUCAAAUGCCCAUCAAAUGUGCCUAGCUACAUUUCAGAAUUGACCCCCUCUCGCUGGCCAGGUAGCAUGGGGUAAGAAAUGCACAGGUGAAGGAGGGAUGAGUAAGCUGGUGCCUACUGCUGUUGCCUAUAGAGACAAGCAGAGAGGGAGCUAUUUGAAAUGCUGAAGAAAUUGUACUGCGGUUAUUUGGAGUGCAGGGAAUCUGGAUCAGGUUGAUGUGGGGAAGCUCUUGCCUGUUUAGUUUUGUUCUCCAUAAAAAGCACAUGUGGAUUUAGGUAUAUACAGGGCAUAUAUACAAAUAACAAGGACUAGCAUCUGGAAGGUUCUCCCACUGCAGUGAAAUGAAGCUGACCAUUGUCUGUCGGAGCCUAUGGCUCAGGGUAAAACUUGGCUUCUGAGCGAUGCCAAGUGGAUGCUCUGAGCUGAAGUAUAGUGUACAAGUAUUCGUGUGACCUGAAUCUGAGACGCUGUCUUCUAGAAGGCUUGCAGGUAAUUCUAUUGAGUUCUGCCGCAUACUAUAAAGCCACAUGCCACAGUUGCUGCCUCAGACUUCAUAAUGGUUCUGGCUUGGCUUCAGGUUUGGUGCUAAAUCCCAAAUUAGUGGUCUCAGGGUAAGGCCAUAUUCAAGAAUAGAAAAGCAGGGACCAGAACAAAAACAGCUGAUGCCAGUAAAGUUCAGCUUUUAGAUGGAAGAGCCGUUCCAUGUGGAUAGUCUUUCCUCGUUCAUCCAGGAGCUGUGUGAAUAGUUCAGCUGUGUUUUGUGAAACGAAAGUUGAGAAUACAGACUUCCUAGAAGGUGAAGUGAGUGGAAAGUGAAAAGUUCUGAAUUGUCCCCGACUUUGUAUUUUCUCUCUGUCUCCUGGGUUGCAGCCAGACUUAUUCAAACAUACUUGUUAAUGCAACUUCCUGUAGUAAAAGCAGGUAAAAAAGGGCAAGAAGAGUCUACAAGGAUUUGAAAUAAAGAAGAGAUGUUCCCAAAAUUGCGAGAAUACAAUUUUAAAACAUCCAUGGUUCAGUAAUGUGACGUUUUGCAAUUAUGUGAAACAAAAGUUGUUUGCCCCAAGAGACUGGACAAGCAUAAUAAACAGACAGUGGUUUAGGUGUGGAAAAGUGAGGAGCAGAAAUUCUUGGUAAGGCUUAAUAAAAAUAAAUGUUUUUGAGAGGGCAGUUGAUGCUGGUAGGAGUCAAACAGCAAUUGCAGGAAAUGGAGGAUAUUGUCCACCUUCCGCAUGUUGAUCAGCAUUAAAAUGUCGGGUGAGUUCUAAAAGCAAGUUACUUUGCCAGAUUUUUCUUACACCACUUUGUGCCCUUGAGUGGCUGGUUUGAAUGGAAAAUGAACUCCAGCAGCUUUGUGGUUGAAAAGAUACUGAAAAGCUGAAGACUAAUGUAAUAAGAAAGAAUGAUUGUACUUGCAAAACUGAUGCUGUUCACUUUAGACUUUUAGAGUGCUAUCUCUCUCCCCUCUUUUUUUGUGUGUUGGUGGUUUUUAUGUAUGUAUUUGCUACUUUGAGUGUUUCCUAGAAUGAGUGCAUCAGAGGCAGCCUCUCUCAUGAAUGAGAAUGUUGGCUGGCUUUCAAAUCCUCAGUGGACAGGGAACUAAAAUGGGGUCAUCAUAGCAAACUCUGUGGUCAUGCUGUGGCUUAAGGUAGGAAAACUCAAUUCCUAAUCAGUCAACUGAAGGGAAGUGGUGGAGAUUGGAGUGGGGGAGGAUGACCAUUUUACUCCCUUUCCUUCUCCACUCCUAUUCCUAAUCUGAUCUGUUGUCCUUCUGAUGACAGCAAAGAGGAAUCCUCAAGGAUUCUGAGUUUCUUGUAGCAGUCUCUAAGUUUUCUCAUUGCCGGUGUAUCGAAUCAACUCUCUCCUGUCCUCAGUAGAAAUGCUGAGCUGUUCCCCAUACACAGUCUUAGGUAGUCUACCAAUAUGCUUGUGGUAGUCUACCAAUAUUCCUUCUAUACCUCUUAACAAAGGAGACCUGCCCUUCCUUAACUCCCUUCCCCCCCCUCCCGGCUUUCAAAAAUGUGAUGAUACCCUCUGAAGUGCUGAAGCCUAAACAAGACAGCUUCCUUUAGGUUCGACUGUUAGAACGUUCUUUACUGAGUGCUGAUCUGAAGACUGUAUGUAGAAGUGACAUAUUUGCACUAAGCUACUUUAAAUGUCUGCAAGGAUGCAUGGCUGCUCCCACUGACUUGAACAAUGCAGAACUGGGCCUAAAAGGAAGAUAAUAUACCACUUCAAGUUGCAGGAACUUGCCAGGACCUGCAUUUUUAAUAUUGAAAAUAUUUUUGGGGGUAGCCUAAGAGACUGUAUAGGUGCAUAAUGAAGCUACUUGCUGGGGAAUCUACUUUGCACUAGAGAAAUUCAUUUGAUAGCUUUGUAAAACUUUAUGCUGUGUACAUGAAAGCCACUGGAUUUGGUACCCACCUCAUGUAUGUCUGUACUGAGAAUUGCAAAGCGGCUGUUUUACAAGGUGGGGUGAAGGUUGUGAAUAAACAACUCUUUGCUGUCUAGCUUAGUGAGCGAUCUUGAACAAAAAACAUUUUCCCAGCUUCUUGUAUCUAGAGGGAACUAAAUAUUUUAGUAUUUCUAGUAAAGGGGAAAGAUCUAUUUGAUUAGACUGUAGCUCUUUUCUUUUUUUCCUUUAAGGACAAAGCCUUGUUUUCAAAGGGUAUAUGUCUUAAAAUUGAUUCUGGGCUGCCACUUGAAAGGUUUUAACUCUUGAGAGGAUUUUAAGUUGCUUGGCUGGAAAGAUUUUAUUUUAAAAUAAAAAUCUUCAAUAGUUUUUGAGGUGUAGACAGAGCUUAGAUCAUGCUUGCUUUUGAAAUGCAAUUUGAUCAGGUUUUUAGCUUAAAAUGGAGUUGUUUGUAACAACCAUCACAAAGUGGUGAAUGUGCCAGUGUAAUAAUAUGGUAUGUUAAAUGCAAUUAGAGAAUAGACUAAAUGCCUCUGACAGGGUCUCUCAAAUGCAUCUUUUAAGGUGUCAUAAACAUAGUUACAAAGAAACCCACCUUUCUGAGAGACCAUGUUUCUGAGAAUUCAGAAUGGCUUUAAAAAUGACCCACAUGAUCUCAUGGCAAGGAGAAGGAUAUGAAAGUUUUUUGCUUUCCCCUGCCCUUUUCAGUAGGACAUUCCUUUGCUGCUCCUGAAAAUAAUGAAUGUAACUUUGUGCCUGAGUGGUUUUUUGUUUUUUUUUCCUUUUGCUUUCCAAGGUGUAAACAUCUGUUUUUGCUCUGCCUCUUCUUUGCAGCUAAAACAUUUUAUAUCUGUUUUUUUUAGGAUGUGGGCAUUACAAGCAAGUAAAAUAAAUCUUUCUUUCAUCA